UCUUCACAGUCCAGUCUGAACAAGUUUGCAGAGAAUCUUCAAGAGAUGAUCAACUAUCACACAAUUUUAUUCGACCAAGCACAACGAUCAAUCAAAUCCCAACUGCAGACAUUCAUUCGAGAGGACCUUCGGAAAUUCAAAGAAGCUAAGAAGCAAUUCGACAAAGUGAGCGAGGAGAAAGAAGCAGCGCUGUCCAAAAAUGCCCAGGCUCCUCGGAACAAGCAGCACGAGGUGGAGGAGGCCACCAACAUCCUCAACGCCACGCGCAAGUGCUUCCGCCACAUCGUCCUGGACUACGUCCUUCAGAUUAAUGUGCUGCAGUCCAAGAGACGAUCAGAAAUCCUCAAAUCGAUGCUGUCUUUCAUGUACGCCCACCUGACCUUCUUCCAUCAAGGUUAUGAUCUGUUCAGUGAACUACAACCCCUCAUGAAACAGCUGACCGGACAGCUGGAUCAGCUGGUGAUCGACUCCGCAAAAGAGAGGAAAGAUAUGGAGAUGAAACACUCGACUAUUCAGCAGAAGCAGCUGUUAACCUGCUCUCUCUUCUUUUCUGACUGUUCAUAUGAGGCCGUGCUGCAGGUGAGUCCGUCCGAACGCUGCAUGAAUCGCUCGGACGCCUGCAUGAAUCAGCCUCAUUAAACGUGCGCUUCAUGUCGGCGUGUGGCGUGAGCAAAGCGAAGCAUUGUAGGUAGCAGGUAAUCACUAUUGUACUUGAAGAAGAAAGUGCUCCAGGACGCAGUCGACGGUCUAAAUGUUUAAUGCUCUGCUGGGAUUGGCCGAGCAGAUACAUGAGCCGCAGUUAAUGAAUUCAUUCAUUGACCGCACGCGCACACACUCACUAGAGCUUUCCUGAAGGGGAGGAGCCAGCAGUAGACGGCAAGGUCUGAAAACAUGCAUGGACGUACAUAAACACACACCGUAAAUAGAGGCUCAGCGAUGGUAGACCUCUCCGACGGGACGUCCCAGUAAUGUUUGGAAGUUAGGUGCAGCGUCACUGCUGACUCACACACACACACACACACACACACACACACACACACACACACGCUCGCUCAGCUCUGUUCGGCAUGAAGAUCUUCAGCAGGUUUCACUAUGUGUGGUAUCUGGUGAGUCAGGCAUGGUUUUUUUAUAGUUCAUGUAGUCUGUUUAGACUUUAAGCGGUUAUGAGCAUGAAUGUGUCUGAUGGUUCAGUUUGACUUAUUUCUUACUAAAUACUGACGUUUUUCUGGUCAUUGUCUCGUGUAAUGAAUUGUUUGGUUUUGCUGAGUCUGUUGUGGCUUGUUUUAAUGUAGCGCUGUUUCACCAAAGGCUUUUUUUUAUUUUUAUAAUAAUAAUUGGUCUAUAAAACCUAUACAUACAGGUUUGCAUCUGCAUUGAUUAAAUUCUAUGGCCGGUAACAGUUUGAAUGAUUUUAAUGGUUUAUAACAAAUAUGGAUAAUAGGAUAGAGAAAACGGAUGU